CGAGGUUUAAAGUCGGAUGUUUGAGUAUAAUGUUAGACACAGUAAUACGUAAUACUAUCAGUUUUUAUACUUACUGAUUAAUUAUUGUGCGUGAUAUUGUUAGUUAAAUAUAUGUUUGAUAAUGGCAGAAAAGGAUGUAAAAAAAAGUCUGAAUGAAAGAAAUAAUGACUCCGAAUCGUUUCUAACAUUGAAAGGAGUAAACAGUUCUGUUGCAAGCACAACCUGCCAUGACCAGUCAGUUAUGUUACUGACAAACGCAGACAUUGAUUCUGGACAUUCUGGACAGUACUCUCACGAAUACGAGGUUUGCUCUGUUUGUAUCAAAACAGAAGAUUUUCGAGCUGCAACACAUUUCUGCAAAAAUUGUAAACCAUGUGGAAAAUAUCUGUGUGGCAACUGUUUAAAAGCGCAUACUAAUUUUUCAAAACAUCAUAAAGUGGUAUCACUAUCUGUCAACAAGAAAAGCAAAAGGAUAUCAGAUAGACAAAUUAGAAACAUAAAAGAAGGGACUCAUUCAGAUUAUACAAAGAGCUGGCUGGAUGAAAAAUGUGAAACCGCUAGAAGUCAAAGCGUUUCAUUAUAUUCAACAAUAAAAGAAAGUGAUCAAACAACGAUACUGUCAGACAGCACACGGACCCUUGUUGAAAAUUCAGUUACAAGCAGAACAAUGGCAAGCAGUACAAUAGCGACAUCCGACGGUACAGAAAUAAUAGGGUCGGAUGAUCAGUCGUUAAACAUACCCAACUUGCAACUAUUUGAAAGAGACUCUGAAGGAUUUGAUAGUUUGCAAAAUCAUCGGAAAGAUCUAGUAACCAGUGAAAACACAGUUAAACACAAGGACAUACAUACAGGCUUUUUGAAUCUGGCACAUAGCACUUUACCGGAUGCAGCAAAUCUUCGGUAG